AUAAAUUCUCAAUAGCUGCGCGGUCACACUGUUUCCUGCGAACAGUUGUGUUGAUUUGAUAAAUAAAUACAAAAUUAAAUAAAAAGGUUGAUUUAUCGAUACACCUGAACAUGGAGGGCGAUGCGGAAAAUCGCAAGGAUCAAGUCCUUGAGCGACUAAACAAACGUAACAAGGACAGGCAAAACUAUUUGGAUGUGCAAUCCGAACAGCGUUCCAAGGAAUCGGUGCAAAACGAGGGCGUUGACUACUUUUCGCAGACUUUCCGGCAACGAACGAUCGAUAUAGAGCAGCGAUUGAAGGAUCUGCAAUGUGGCGAUGCCCCGUCCCCGGAUUUGGCCAGGAAUUUUGCGGAUAUAACGUUAGAGAUUCAGGAUUUGCAGCGAUACCUCACCGCAUCCACCAUGUUUCUCUCGGACUUUAAGAUCAAAUCCUGUCAGAAUAUUCUGAAUACCCUAACUGCAGUCAGCGAUGAAACCCGCCAACGCCUGAUGCCCAAGAAAAAGUUCGGUUUUAGUGGCAAAAAAACGGCUACCAAACAGAAAUCAUCUGCAAAUAAGGAUAUUGUUGAUUCAAAGCUCAGUAAAACCGCCGAAAAACUGGGCUCCAACUUUAGCUGGACCAUUGAGAAUCGCAACAACGAGCAUAUAGUUCUAGAUUCCAGUCAAGUAAAUGGUCAGGAUAUCACCAUUUCGAAUAUAAGCCACUGUCUGGUGGAACUGCAGGGACAUCCCGGUUCUGUGCAGGUUUCCAAAGCCUCGCAUUGCACUUUGCUGUGUGGUCCCAUCUCCAGAUCCUUCUUCGCCGAGAAUAUGGAUGAGUGCACCCUGUCCAUUGCUUGCCAGCAGUUAAGAUUGCACUCAUCCGGCGCUAUUCGUAUCUAUCUGCAUGUCACCUGUCGCGCCAUCAUCGAGGAUUGCAAGGACAUCCAGAUCGGGGAGUUCAACUAUGAUUAUUCGGAACUGGAGGCCGAUUACCUAGCCUCGGGACUCAAUAAGUCACAGAACAACUACACGGAUGUGGCAGACUUCAACUGGCUGUCGCCCGAUGUCCAUUCGCCCAACUGGAGCCUCAUUAAAGACCAUCCCGAUCCGAACUGGAAUGCCUGGCGACGGGAUUUCAUCGCCAAUAACCACAAUAUUGGACAUAAGCAGGGUGAUAAUGUGGUAAAGGAUACCUCCAUCAUUUAGUGGCUCUGGAAAAUGCUGCUAAUGACACCCAAUUAGUGGGUUUAAUAAUCGGCGAUCUGUGUAAAUAGCUUUAAGCGUGUUGAAUAAAUAACCAUUGUAUCGAAGAA